CACAGCUCCGGUCGUCUGUCUGCAAAGAGAAAUGAUUUCAACUUUUAACCUGCUCCAGUUGUCAAACAACUUUUCAAGUAGAACCGGGGGCCAGUUGGUGAGGACCUGCAUCCAAAAACUUUCAGACUAAAGGGGGGCGGGAAGAAGCAAAUAUCAGCUAAAUAAGUUUGAAACGAUGUGCAGAGAGAUGGUGAAGUGUGUGAGCCACCAGCAGGCCAGCCAGCUGCUCCACAACAAGUUCAUCGUGGUGCUGGGAGACUCCAUCCAGCGGUCUGUGUACAAGGACCUUGUUCUGCUGCUCCAGAAGGACAAACGUCUCACCUUUCAACAACUCCGGAGUAAGGGUGAGAUGAGCUUCGAACGGGACUGCCUGGUAGAAGGGGGUUGUCUAAACCAAAUGCACAACGGAACAGAGUACCGAGAGGUCCGGCAGUUUCAGUCCGCCCACCACCUGGUCCGCUUCUACUUCCUGACGCGCAUCUACUCUAGCUACAUGCAGAGCAUCCUGGAUGACUUCCGCCACGGCUUGAAACCAGAUGUAGUCAUUGUCAAUUCCUGUGUUUGGGAUAUUUCAAGGUACAGUUCCACUUGGAAGGACGACUACAAGGAGAACUUAUCUAGGUUCUUUGACAAGCUGAGUGGGAUUCUUCCUGAGGAAACCCUGGUCCUAUGGAGCCUCACCAUGCCCUUAGCAGAGAGGAUCAAGGGUGGUUUCUUGGUGCCUGAGAUUGAGCACAAGGCCCCAAACCUGCGUUACGACGUGAUCGAAGCUAACUUCUACAGCGGCUCUCUGGCCGACGCCCUUGGGAUCGAUGUAUUGGACCUCCACUUCCAGUUCCGCUUCGCCCUGCACCAUCGCACUAACGAUGGAGUCCACUGGAAUGCCCUUGCCCACCGCAGGAUGACCUCCCUGCUGUUACAGCAUGCUGCACAGGCCUGGGGCGUCAAGUUGCCCUGUCCCCUGACUGCUGUUGAACAUACUGAGGUUACUGUUAAGCAGCCAGUCUAUGGAAAUGCUUCUUACCCUACAGAGAUGUGUCCAACCAAUCGAUAUAACAAGGGGAGACCACAUAACGAUGAGACCACUGGAGGCUGCAGGCCUGCCCGCCGACCACAGCGUCCAUUCCACAGACGCAAGUGUGAACAACAUGGACGGGUUGGAAAUGGUUACGACUACAGAGCUCACCACCACCAACACUACGUGCCCUACCAUGAGCACCAACCCCACUUCGAGCCCUACCAUGAGCACCAUCAUCAACACGUGAUGCGUAGCCGACAGCACAGACACCACUACGCUCCAUACUACAGACCAAAUCCUUAUGCCCAUUUUGGCAAUUACUACUGAUGUUGUGUGUUAUUUACUUCCAUCUCCUGCAUCAUCCUGCAGGACGUUGACAGCAGUAGGAAGCAGUAAACCUCACCCUGCUCAUUUCACAUCUAGAUUUGACUUCAUUCUGUGAUUGUCUUCAGUCAUGACGCCAGUACAGUUUGAUGGUACUGUUUGUUCUUUUGGCAAAAAAUAGAUUUUUAAAGGAUUUUCCUUUACUUUUUAAAAAUUCUGCACUUAAAUACAUAUCAAGUGCUUUGUUCUAUUAAAGCUAAUGCUAAGAUUUCAAUAAAACGUUAGGCUUGUUUUAAAAUUAAUUGCCGACUAUAAAUUAACAAUUCUUCUAAUGUCCCAUAGUUUUAAGCUUUUCCUUAAAUGUGAUCUGUUGGCUCAAACUAACAGUGUAAUCCUGAUGCAUCUUGAUAACAUGUUCCUUGUUCCUGUUGUUAUUAUAACAAACUCAUGCUUAAUGAUGCUGGAGGGAAUGUCUUUCUACUUAAUAAACUGGGGUCAGCAGCAGAUUUAAGUGAUUACUUUGGCAUUAUUUGAUGACUCU